AUGCUCUCGUCUUCUUACCUUCUUUUGUUCAAUGCCUUGAUUGCAUUCGUCUCUGCAGCUGCCGACUACAGCGAGCGACUCUUGCUUCGGCCCCUUCCCCAGGACACUCUUCUGGCCUCUUUCAAUUUCCGAAGCAACGAAAGCGCGCACGCGUUCGAACAGCAAAACUUUCGAUACUUUCCGCGAUCUUUUGGACAGAUCUUGCAACAUGCGCACACGAGGGAACUACAUUUGAGGUUCAGUGUUGGACGUUGGGAUGCCGAGAAUUGGGGACAGCGGCCAUGGAACGGGGCAAGAGAAGGAGGCACUGGUGUCGAGCUGUGGGCGUGGGUAGAGGCUGACACUGAAGAAGAAGCAUUUGCACGAUGGUUGAAGCUGACCAACGCUCUGUCGGGCCUCUUUUGCGCCUCUAUCAACUUUAUCGAUGCUACCAAGACGAUACGGCCGGUCAUGUCAUUCGAUCCUGAAGGUCAGCACGGUAACUCAUCCAAUCUCCAUCUACUCCACGGCACGCUGCCUCACGAAGUCGUCUGCACGGAGAACCUUACACCCUUCCUCAAGUUACUACCUUGCAAGGGCAAGGCAGGUGUGUCCAGCUUACUGGACGGACACAAGCUGUUUGAUGCUUCGUUUCAGACUAUGGCUAUCGAUGUGCGCCCAACAUGUGAACAAGGUAGUUCCAGCUGUUCGAUUGAGAUGGAGCAAAGCGUGGACAUGGUCUUGGACAUUGCGAGAGCCAAGCGUCCAAGAGACAACCCGAUUCCACGACCUCUGCCGAUCAGCCAGAUGGAAUGCGAUACAUCCAAGCCGUACAAUGGCCACGAUACUUGUUACCCUCUGAACAAGGGUACUGAGCCCGGCUGGACACUGGAAGAGGUCUUUGGAAGACCACUUAGGGGAGCAUGUCCGUUGGCAGACCAAGCUGAGGGGGAGGCAAACAAUGUAUGCAUCAACACACCACCGGAACGUACACUCGAAGUCAAGACAACAGGUGAAUUCACCGAGUCAAGACUAGCAUCAGACACGCUCCGAUGCUACAAGCUUCCCACCGGCGCAGACUUCGACCUUGUCCUACCCGAACAGAAGAUGAUGACUGGCCUUGUCCGCCCUGAUCCUCUCAUUUUCGCCGCCAGGUCUAUAAACGGCCAUGGCCAGGAACGGGGUAGCACACAGUCAAUCAUCAAGAAUCCGUCCACCACCAAUGCCGUUGAGAUAGUAUAUCUAGAGUCUCUACCAUGGUUCAUGAAACCCUACCUGCAUACUCUCCAAGCCCGCGUCGACACCACAGACAAAAGCCCCAUCAAGGAGACCUACUAUCGACCAGCUGUUGACCGCGAGCGCGGCACCCACCUCGAAUUGCGCUUGGUCAUCCCACCAAGCUCUACCCUCACUCUAACCUACGAUUUCGAGAAAGCGAUUCUACGUUACACAGAGUACCCACCAGAUGCGAAUCGAGGCUUCGACGUCGCACCUGCUGUCAUCCGUAUCCUUUCUCCCGACUCAGGAGACAACAAGGGAAUCUAUGUUCGCACUACUUCGCUACUUCUCCCCCUUCCAACACCAGAUUUCAGUAUGCCGUAUAACGUCAUCAUUUUGACCAGUACUGUCAUGGCGCUGGGCUUUGGCAACAUCUUUAAUUUGCUUGUUCGCCGCUUUGUGGGUGUGGAUGAGGUGCCUAACAUGGGUGCUGGGGGGCUUAAAGGGAUCGUUCUGGGUAAGGUGGCUAGGCUCAAGGGUUUGCUAGGAAGAGGGUGA